AAAAUUUUACACUGACACUACAGGAUAACAGGUUACCGUAACAAAUUCUUAUGAAAACAAUUUAUCAAAUUCGGAGAAUGCAUAAUUUGACGUUUCUUAUCAUUUGAUGAGAUUUUGAGUCACCUAUCAAAUGAGGACGUGUAUUUCUGAUCGGGUUAUUGAAUAACAGGAUCAAAUUAUAAUAAAAACUGAAAUGGGGGAAGAAGGAAAACGAGCCCUGAUUUUGGUUGGAGGAUAUGGUACAAGACUGAGACCCUUGACAUUAAGUCGACCUAAACCUCUUGUAGAAUUUGCUAACAAACCAAUCCUUCUUCACCAGAUUGAAGCAUUGGUAGAAGCUGGUGUAACCGAAGUAAUUCUUGCUGUGUCCUACAGGGCCGAACAGAUGGAACAGGAGCUGACGGCAGAGGCAGCUAAACUUGGAAUAACUGUAGUGUUCUCCCAUGAGACUGAACCAUUGGGAACAGCAGGACCCAUAGCUUUAGCUAGAGAACACCUCUCAAAAAGCACAAAGCCAUUUUUUGUGCUCAAUUCUGAUGUCAUUUGUGAUUUUCCUUUUAGAGAUUUGGCUCGUUUCCACGAGGCACAUGGAAAAGAGGGUACAAUUGUUGUGACAAAGGUAGAAGAGCCUUCAAAAUAUGGAGUGGUUGUAUACGGUAAGGACAACUGUAUACAAAGUUUCGUAGAAAAACCACAAGAGUUCAUUUCUAAUAAAAUCAAUGCUGGCCUUUACGUUCUCAAUCCCAGCGUAAUAGAUCGGAUCGAGCUGCGACCUACUUCUAUAGAAAAAGAGGUUUUUCCUGGCAUGGCAGCUGAUAAGCAGUUGUUUGCUUUUGACCUACAGGGCUUUUGGAUGGAUGUGGGACAGCCCAAGGAUUUUCUCACUGGAAUGUGCUUGUAUUUGAAGCAUUUGAGAUCCACCAAUGGAAGCAAAUUAUAUAAAGGGCCAGGUGUUGUUGGAAAUGUUCUAGUGGAUCCAUCUGCCAAAAUUGGAAAUGACUGUCAGAUAGGUCCAAAUGUAACUAUUGGGCCUGGAGUUGUUGUAGAAGAUGGUGUGUGUAUAAAGAGAAGCACAAUACUCCGAGACGCAACAAUUCGAUCAAAUUCCUGGCUAGAGAGUUGCAUUGUAGGAUGGAACUGUUCGGUAGGUCGCUGGGUUCGAAUGGAAGGCACUACCGUUCUUGGAGAAGAUGUCAUCGUCAAAGAUGAGACUUACAUAAAUGGAGGGCAAGUAUUGCCUCAUAAAAAUAUUACUACAUCUGUUCCUGAGCCACAAAUCAUAAUGUAGAUCUCUAAUGCACUUUGUCAUAGGUGCCAUCAGAAUAUACUUUCCAUAACUUACUUUUUGAUUAACUUUGCUCAAUCGGGACAUUUUGUUUUAUAAUUGUUUUGUGCGAACAAUCCAUAUUUGUUAUUAUUCAAAUCUAGCAAUGCUAGUUCAUCUCAUAUUCUAAAGUUUCGGUUACAACUAAUUGUUGAAAUGAAAUUCAAUGUAAAUAUGGUCUUUUAUAAUAAUGCAAUAUUUAUAAAUUCAUCUGUUUUGUUUGAACCAAAAACAGUAAUGUCAAGUUUGUUGUUAAUGCCUAGAAAUUUACAUAAUACUAUCAUGAAUAUUAUUUAUUGGACUUGGAAAAAAAUUGGGGUACAUAUUCCCAGGGUAUUUUCUAGUGAAUUAGAUAUUUUCAGUUAUAUGUCAUAAUGUAGAAUAAAAUGUAUUUUUUUUUUAUUUAUACUUUCCAAAUGAGUAAAUUACUAUUGUUCAAGUGUAUGGCUUGUUAUUAAAGUUUUAUAAUUUGU